UUUACACAAAAUGAAAUGAAAAUGGCCGACUGAGUAUAGAAGCGGCUUGCUGUCAAAAUAUUAAAAAUAAAUUAUAACGCAUUAGAGCAACUUUUAUGUAAUUAGACGAUCCUAAUGCCACUUUUAAUCGUAUUGACCGGAUGAAUUCAGUCAUCUUCACUUCGAAUGCUCCAAAAUUGGACUCGCAAAGGUCAUUUACACCUUUGCCAACUCGCUUCGUGUCUGCGUUCUGAGGCACCAGCGGACGGUCGGGAAGCGCUCAAGAAACCGCCGGGAUGAGUGAGGACGGCAGCGAGGGCUCGGCGACACCGCCGAGGCCGCAACGGCGCAUCAAGAAAGUGAUGGUGCUAUCAUCCGCCUCAGAGUCCGACAGUGACGAGAGCGAUGGCCCGACGCGGACCCGCAAGAGGCGCCUACGGGUGGUGAGUGAGGAUGAGGGCGCCAGCAGCAGCGGGAGCUCUGUAGGCGCGCGCCGGCGCCGCGCGCUGCCUCAACUCCGCGACUCGGACGCCGACAGCGAUGGCUCAGUCGGCCCGGCCCCCUCCGCCCCUCCCAAGCCCGCCUCAGGCUUCGCCUCCGACAGCUCUGAGGGCAACUCAGACAAAUGCUCCAUCUGUCUCAUGAGAUUUACAGAACAAGAAGUGGGCACACCUGCGAACUGCGAGCACAUAUUCUGUUUAGACUGCAUCACAGAAUGGUCCAAGAAUGUAAACACUUGUCCAGUGGAUCGUAUCACGUUUGAUUCUAUAGUAGUGAGGACAUGUGCAGGUGGACGGGUGUUGCGUUCGGACCCUGUCCAGGUCACGGACCGCCGCCCCUCGGUGGAGAUGCUUGUCAUUGAGGACCCAACCGUUUGUGAGAUCUGUGGCAGUAUGGAGAAUGAAGACUCAAUGCUGCUGUGUGAUGGCUGUGACCUGGGUUUCCACAUGCACUGUCUCACACCUCCACUACUUGAAAUCCCUAUAGACCAAUGGCACUGUGCAAGCUGCAUCAGCCGCGGUCUGCACAAUAUUGGAAGCUUGGAAGACAUUAUAUAUCUCUCGGAGGUGGAUGAUCUCUUCACUGGCAUUGCUGAUAUGGAGCUCCCGCAGGGCCCGCGCGCUGUGCCUCUCAGACAGCCUAGGGAAGUUAGAAGGUCUUCAAGAAACCAAUCGACGGACGAGCCGUCAACGUCCUCGGGGCGCCGCGGCGCGCCGUCGGACUCGGGCGGCGCGCGCCGCGCCCGCGCCCCGCCCCGGCGGCGCCGCAAGCCCGCCCGGAGAAGAACCAACACUGUCAUCAUCGAGUAUGAGAUUGAGGAGAACGGGAAAUUCCCUAUUACGAGACGGGUGAAGAGGACUGUUAGGAAACGAAAGAUCCGCAAGCGGCGGCCGCGCACCGCCGCGCGCCGCACGCUGGUGCGACAGUCCGUGCGCGCGCAGCUGGCCGCCCUCGCCGCGCCACACCCCGCCCCCGUCACCGCCAGCGCCGGGGUCACCGACCUCCACGUCAGACGAGCCCGGGCUGGGAUCCCAACCCUGAAUCUGUUUGGAUCCGAGAGGGAUUUGGAGUAUUUCUCGGAUGAAGAUGUCGCGUCGGAGGGUGCUUCGACAGUGGCGAGAGCUGUGCGGCCUAAUGCGGCCGUCUUCAGUGCUUAUAGACAGGCCCGUCGUAAGAUGGUGUCGGUCCCAUCCCCCCCUCACGCCGCAGCGGCACCCGACCUAUUGUCCGACAUAUUGGAAAGCCAGACUCUACUGCACUCCAAGCGUUCUGUAGUAUCCGUCACGGUGGAUGGCCAGUUCAGCGUCAAACUGCGCGGCGAAGGCAGAGUGGAUGUUACGGCACCCGACCUGCUGUCCGACAUAUUGGAAAGCCAGACUCUACUGCACUCCAAGCGUUCUGUAGUAUCCGUCACGGUGGAUGGCCAGUUCAGCGUCAAACUGCGCGGCGAAGCGGCACCCGACCUGCUGUCCGACAUAUUGGAAAGCCAGACUCUACUGCACUCCAAGCGUUCUGUAGUAUCCGUCACGGUGGAUGGCCAGUUCAGCGUCAAACUGCGCGGCGAAGCGGCACCCGACCUGCUGUCCGACAUAUUGGAAAGCCAGACUCUACUGCACUCCAAGCGUUCUGUGGUGUCCGUCACGGUGGAUGGCCAGUUCAGCGUCAAACUGCGCGGCGAAGCGGCACCCGACCUGCUGUCCGACAUAUUGGAGAGCCAGACGCUACUGCACUCCAAGCGUUCUGUGGUGUCCGUCACGGUGGAUGGCCAGUUCAGCGUCAAACUGCGCGGCGAAGCGGCACCCGACCUGCUGUCCGACAUAUUGGAGAGCCAGACGCUACUGCACUCCAAGCGUUCUGUGGUGUCCGUCACGGUGGAUGGCCAGUUCAGCGUCAAACUGCGCGGCGAAGGCAGAGUGGAUGUUACCAAGGCGUCCGACCCGCCGGUGCGUUCUGCGCCCGCGCACGGGCAGCGCGGCGGUUGGGGCGGCGGCUACAGCGGCAACUACCAUCGCGAGCAGAGCGCUAAUAACUUUGGUCGGGGAAUAAGCUUCGACGGGCGGUCUGUCGACAGGUACUCGUACGGCCCCAACGGCGGCGAGAGCAAUUAUCCAAACCGCGGGAACUACGGCGGCGCGCGGCGGGAGGAGGAGUGGGGCGGGGCCCCGCGCCGCGGCCACGCCCCCUGCCCGCCCGGCCCCGCCCCCGGCCCGCCCGGCCCCGCCCCCUGCGCCAGGCCCCGCCGCCUCGAGCCCCGCCACCACGCGCCGCCACACAGAUUAGACAACCGACACAGCCUCGGGCCCGCCUGGCCGCGGGCGCGGCCCGAAGCCCCGGGGCCCCAUCGGCACUCGUUCGGGGGCUUCGACAACCCCCUCGACAUGCGCGUGGCCCCACACCCUAACCCCGGACCCGCACAGGAUCGCCCCUUCAGACCCCUGCCCGAACCCCCCGUUUUCGCCUUCGACAAACUACCUGAAGAAAAAUCAGAGGACGGAAGCGACUCGAGCCUAGUAAUCGACACAGAGAAAUAUGAUCCGACCGAACCGACCCAUGACGAUGAUGAGGAGGAGGAACCGCCUCAGACAUCAGCACCAGUCUUCGGUCCCUUACCGGCCCCGCCGGUACCCCCAAAAAUCGAUUCACCCCCCAAAUCCCCAGAAAUCACACCCCCGCCUACCCCUAUCACUUCAGUACCACCCCUUCCCCCCGCUCCGCCCCUCCCGGCCGGUUUACUAGAUACAGCCGUCAGACAAGUCUUACAGGAGCACAGAGCGCUCAUGGAACCGCCGCAGAACAACUCCGAUGACGAUUCCGAUGGAGAUUGCCCCAACUUCUCUAUUUAUUCCGCCACGAGCGUACAUAUAGCGAGUGCGGGCUCUCUGGCGCCCCCUACGAUGCGAACUAAACCCGAUCUCGACAUGACUGAUUUAGUGCAAGAAGAUGACGAACCUCUUAAAUCUCCUGAAGAAGAAAUCAAAACUCCCGAACCGACUCCGACUAAAAAAGACGAGUACAAGGAAAAGGUUUCCAAACGCUGCCCCAUAACGCCCAACACUCGGGACCCGAUCAAAAUUAAACUGAACACUCCCUCGCUUAUAAAACGUGUUAGUCUUUAUGAUGAUGAGGUAGCGGAACAAACUGAGGAACCCAGUACGGAGGACCCCGAAGCUCCUGAACCGACAAGUGAUGAAGUUAAGACUUCAGAAGAGCCCCCGGAAGAUGACAAAGAUAGUGAUAAAACGCCGAUGGUAACUGAUGAAAACAAAGAAGAUGAUAACGAGGAAAAAGAUGAUAAAGAGGACAAAGGAGAAGACAACGAGGACAAACAAGAAGAGGAAGAAAACGCCGAUGAAGCUAAAGUCAGAAGUCCAUCGCCAAGAGAAGAUAGGACGCCAGAAAGGCCAGCGGAAGACCUAGAAGAAGGGGAAAGACAAAACGGAACCGCCACUCCUACUACGGAGCGUUCACCUACUCCACAUUCUCCGCGCUCUGAUGAUGGAACGGAGAAGGAGUUGGCCGCUAUAGCUGACGGCGAAAACACGGAAGCUCCAGAAAAAAUGACCGAGUCUAUUAGUGAAACGGAAGACGAACGCUCAUACACGCCAUGUUUAGACGAGAAUCAGAGCAAGGAUGACUUGAGACUAGAGGGCGAGGCGCUCGGCACAGAAAUGAUCUCCGAAGACGAAGCUAACGGCGUGUUCAGUGACGCCGCCGGCUCCCCGACCCCCGAGCCGGACGGCAAGAAAAAGAAACGCAAAGAAGGCAAGAAAGAUGGAAAGACUAAGAGUAAAGGGAAGAAAGAUAUAGCGUUCAGAAAGUUGAGCAAAGCGGGCCGCGAGCGCAGCUAUAGGGAUAAAGACAGGCGCCGGCGCUCGGCGUCCGCGUCCCCGCGGCGGGCGGCCUCCGAGCGACGCAGGCGCGAGAAACGCAAGGAUUUAGAGAGAUACGAUGUUCGGUCAGUCGUCACGGAGAAGAGGAAGAAACAGAAGGAUCCGUUCGGAAGGGACGUGUCCCCGGCGCGUUCCGCGUCGCAUUCCCCGCAGCCGGAACGCAGGUCCUUAUCGCGCCCGCGGAGGUCGCUGUCGCGGCCGCGCAGGUCUUUAUCGCGCGUCCGCCGAUCGCUGUCACGCGUGAGGCGAUCGUUAUCCCGGCCGCGCCGGUCGCUGUCGCGCGCCAAACGCUCCAUAUCGCGGCGGUUAACACCUAGUCCGCGAAUUCGCCGGGCGAGUUUACGCUCUCUCACCCCGUUGUCGCCGCGCGGGUCACCUCCGCGACGCUCUGUAUCGCCACGCCGAGUUCGCAAGCGCCGCAAGUCGCCGUCACCGCGGCGAAGGGUGUCUCCUCGUAGACGGGAACCGUCGCCCGUUCGCGCUCGCAAGCGAAGACGCUCCGCCAGUCCUAAGAAGGCCGGUAAAAAGAAAAAGCGCGCCCGUUCGCCCCCGGCGGCUGCGCCCCGUCGCCGCGAAGAACUGCGACGCAAAUCGCCCAAGCGUAAAAAGAAGAGACGCAGCCGUAGUCGCUCGCCGGAGCUAUCGCCCGGCCCGCCGGCCGGCUGGUCGCCUCUGUCGGUCGAUUCGCGACUACUGUCGCCGCGCACGCCCCCGCCGGACGCGUCGCCGGCGAAACGGCUCGGCAAACGCAAGCGCAAAGAACCGCGCCGCCGCGAACGCAUCAAACACAAGCGCGGCAAAGACCAGCCCGCGCCCAGCAAGGAAGUGUUCACAUCCGGGGACAAUAUCCUCGUCAGCGUUAGUUUCGCCGAGCAGCAGAAGACGGCCGGGCCGGCGGAGAGACGGAAGCAUCGCGAGGCGCGGCGCGAGAAACGCAAGCGUCGGCGAAUAGCGCCAGCCGAGGAUACCGCCAAACCUGUGGCUAUCAUCGAUUUAGAACGCUCGCCGUUCCGCGAGCUCACUCCCUCCCCUAAAAACGUGAUCGUACUCAGCGAUAGCGACCACGGCGAGAAGGAACCGGCGGUUCAAAAAGAGCCGGAGCCCGCUCCCGCGGCGCCUGCUUUCGUUUUAGGCGCCGUCGGGCCUAAGACGCCGCCCGAGCCGGCCGCGCAACCGGCCCCCGCCCCCGUUAAGUUCAGCCUCGCGGCUAAGCCCGGGGCGGCGCCUCGAGCAGCUAACCCGCUUCGAGAAGACGAGGAGCCGGCGCCAGCUGAAGUCGAAAACGGUCCAAACACACCUCCCGAACCCCCCGACUCGCCGGACGCCUACGAUCCGUUCGAGCCGACCCGGUCGGCGUCGGCGUCGCCGGCGCGAGCGGCGUCGCCCGCGGCGGCCGAGCCGUCGCCGGAGCGGCCCAGCAUGACGCUGGAGGCGGCGCAGCGGACCAACCUGUCGGCGGACGAGGUCAUCGCGAGAAGGCCGCUGUCGCCUAUCGAGAAGGUGAUGGCGCUCCUCCAAUCGACGCGCGACGAGUCCCCGGAGCCAGUUCCAGCUUCCGGCCCCCACCUCCCCGCGCCCGCCACGCCCGCGCCCACCCCCGCGCCCGCCCCGCCCGCGCCCCGCAUCCUCCUCCCCGAGCCCACGCGCGCGCAACCCAAACUCUUCCUCGCCAAACCCUCCCCCAUCAAGUCCAACCCGAUCAAGCCCAUGCAGGCCACGAAGAUAUCCAUGCUGCCCCUGCCGAGGCGCGACGGCGACUCGCCCUACUCGCCGGGCUCGAGCGACUUCGGGGACCUGUUCUCGCCGCCGCCGGCGGGGAGGCGCGACGCGUUCGACACGCUGUUCGGAGCGAGGCCGAUUAAACGCAAGGACAAGUCGCACGCCAAGGUGCCGGUGAAAUUUAACAGGAAAAAGGGGAAAGGCAACAAGACGCAAGUGGGUGUCAAGAUAGACGAUGACAACCUGAAGAUACUGGACGAGCUGCCCAGCUCGGCUGUCGAGAUGCAGGUUAAGAGCAAGUUCUUGAAGAAACUCAAUCGACAAGAACGCGUAGUGGAGGAAGUUAAACUCGUGCUGAAGCCACACUACACACGCAAGCGCGUGUCCAAGGAGGAGUACAAGGACAUUCUGCGCCGCGCCGUACCCAAGAUCUGCCACAACAAGACGGGCGAGAUCAACCCCGCGAAGAUCCAAGCCCUAGUUGAGGCGUACGUGAAGAAGGCGCGCAAAAAGCACAAGCUCGGCCUGGCGUAACCUCCCCCUUAUAGUUAAGCUAUUUAUACUUAAAUGAAGUAUGAGUGAAGUGAUCAUGUACUAGAUGAAUUCCUUAUUUAACAUAGUUUGCGAUAGAUAUAUUUCUUCACCUGUCGGAUAAUAUUGAAUGAUCGUUAAUUUAAUAAUAAAAUAUAUUUUAGUUGGAUGGAGUAUUACUAUUUGAUAGUGCGAGCUCCGUUGGCAGCGCGCGCCAUAUACAUAAUGUAAAUAAUAUGUACAUAUUUAAUUGGAGUGAAAUGACUAUUUUAUUUACCGACCCGAUAUCGCACGCUGUAGAUACCUCGUAGACAUUACUAGUGUAAGCUUAGCUGUGAAUGCGAUGUGAGCGCCGUGGCCUGGCUCGAGUCUGGCCUGAGUUGGCCCGAGUCUGGCUCGAGUUGGCCCGAGUCUGGCUCGAGCUGGCCUGACUCGGCUCGAGCCAGCCACGGCCUCGGCGUAGCUAAAUUCAUGAUCAUGGUUUUGUGGUGUAGUUUAUAAUGAUUUGAAUAAAUAAAAGAUCGAUUUAAAAUAACCAAAA